AUGAACUGGUCAUUGAAGCGGCUCGCAACAGCUGCAGCUGCCAGUGGAGAUGCAUCCAACCUACCACUGGCUGGUAUCAAGGUGCUGGACAUGACAAGAGUAUUGGCUGGCCCAUACUGCACACAAAUACUUGGAGAUCUUGGUGCAGAUGUAAUCAAGAUCGAACACCCGACAAGAGGAGACGACACUCGAGCCUGGGGACCUCCCUACGCCCAGUAUACCAACGGCGAGACCGGGCCAGGCGAAAGCGCAUACUACCUAGGAGUAAAUCGCAACAAACGCUCAAUAGGUCUAUCCUUCCAACAUCCAGCCGGCGUUGAAAUCCUCCAUCGCCUUGUUAAAGAAUGCGAUGUGCUUGUCGAGAACUACCUCCCUGGGUCGCUCGCCAAGUAUGCCAUGGACUACGACACCGUCUCCAGGAUCAACCCAGGGAUCAUCUACGCUUCCAUCACCGGCUACGGCCAGACGGGACCGUACCGAAACCGGGCAGGCUACGACGUCAUGGUCGAAGCAGAAAUGGGGCUCAUGCACAUCACGGGCUCGCGCGACGGUCCCCCCGUCAAGGUCGGCGUAGCAGUCACAGAUCUGACCACGGGGCUCUACACCUCCAACUCGGUCAUGGCCGCGCUUCUCGGCCGCAUGCGGACAGGAAAAGGCCAGCACAUUGACGUCGCGCUGAGCGACUGUCAAGUCGCCACGCUCGCCAACAUUGCUUCCUCGUGUCUGAUCUCCGGCAAGAGAGAUACAGGCCGCUGGGGGACAGCACACCCCUCCAUAGUGCCGUACAAAGCCUUCAAGACGCUCGACGGCGAUGUUCUCCUGGGCGGCGGGAACGACCGUCUGUACGGCGUCUUGUGCAACAAACUCGGCAAGCCCGAAUGGAUCACCGAUUCUCGUUUCGCGACCAACGCCGUGCGCGUACAGCACCGCGACACGCUCGAGGAGCUGAUUGAGAACGAGACGCGCCAGAAGAGUACGCGGGAGUGGCUGGAGAUUCUAGAAGGGUGUGGCAUGCCGUAUGCGGCGAUCAACGAUGUGCAAGACACGCUGAACCACGAGCAUGUUUUGGCUAGGGACAUGGUCAAGGAGGUCGAGCAUCCCGCGUGUGGGACUAUCAAGAUGGUCAACACGCCGGUGAAGUGGUCCGACUCGACGCCUGGGAUCAGGAUGCCGCCACCGACGUUAGGACAGCAUACUGACGAGAUACUUGGAGAAACGCUGGGCAUGAGUAAGGAUGAAGUGGAGGGGUUGAGGAGCGAGGGCGUCAUUGCGUAG